UGCCUGAAUGAGUGGCGGACGUCGUAGAUUGUUCCGCGAUUUUUUGGUGAAUAAAUCGUGGUAAAUAAAAUAAAUAAUACAUAAGAGAGUUUUUAUGUUAAAACAUCAACGGUGUGCACUCAAAUUCAAAUUAAAUGUUGUGAAAGGCGCUGUUGCUGUUGCUACUCCCAAUGUGCUUUCCUUUCCAUACAUUUGCGGGUAUAUGUAUAUUUCGACACACACACAUGCAUCUACACACACUUGCGUGCAAUUGGUGGGCCUUUUGUUUCCUUUUGUUUAUGCGCGCGUAGGAGAGCAUAAAAUGCGCGAAUAAACACACGAACAAGCCUAACACGGACACGAAAUUUGCAAAAAGCGCCAACGUUGUUUGAGUGCUCGUACUCGAAUUUGUGCUAGUGUGUGUGAUUGUAUGUGGGGGAGUGCGCACAUUGUUAUUGCUGCCGCUUGCGCUCUUGACGCGCCCCAGCAGCGGAUUUGCUGCUCACUGAAUUUUUCUCUCUUUCACUCUGUCUCUCUCCUCCGCGCACUCUGGCUUUAGCAUGCGAAACGAGUGACUGUGAGAAAUUUAUAACGCGACAUUUGCACGGCUACUUUGGAGCAUGACGGUUGUUUCGGGCUCUCCAACGUCAAAUAGCAGACAACGCGUACGUGCGGCAGGCACAUCUCUAAGCUGCUCCGGGAAAUCAGUAAAAUUCUAUAACAGAUUCAUAUUGGGUAGCAGCAAAAAAUCGUGUUAUUGAUUCUGCGAGUGUGCGUUCGUGUGUGUGUGUGUGUCAAUUUUGCAGUUGCAAUCGUAUUUGGCUCUCUGUCUCUGCUGCUGCCUCUGCCUAUUCGCGUUCCGUGUACCCCUCCCCUCUUCACUUCUGUUGGUCGGCUUGCUUCUCGGUUUUGGAUGCGUCGUGAUUCUGUGUAUACUACGAAGCGCAUCUUUUUGAACAUUAAGGGCGAGCAGCACAGCAGGCAGCCAGCAGCUGGCGCGCCCCACAGCAGCAGCCGCCCAAUUGCUGCAGCGGAGAAUAUAAAUUCUUUACUAUCAAAUAAAUAAAUAAAUAUAUAUAAGUAUAUAUACACAUCUAUGUAUAUGUAUGUGUGUGACAAUAGAACAAAAGUUUGCGACGCUUCAAACGCUACAUUCGAAUAAAUUUAGUUAUAUUAUACAUAACGUGUAUUGGAAUUUAUGUGAAACAAUAUUUUUUACUAGAUUCAUAAUGUGCAACAACAGAAAUUAACAGCAAACACACAACAACCAAAGAAACAACAAUAUAAUACAACAAUAAUUACAAAAUCACCAUGAAGAUGGUGGACAAAUCGUCAAAAUUGAUGGAUAAAUUUGUCGCCAGUGGCAGCGGCGGUGGCGGCGGAGGAGUCGGUGGCGGUGGCGGUGGCGGCGGCUCAGCCACAGCGUCGGCAACAGCCAACGUAGCUGCCGCUGGCGCUGCAUCGGGCAAUGUGACGGGCACGGCCAGCGGCCUCAGUGGUGGCGGCGUCAUCAGCGGCUACGGCGCUGGCAGCAGUAAUAUGACAGGCAACGGACAAAAGCCGGUGCCUAUGAAACUCUUCGCCGCCUGGGAAGUCGAUCGAACACCGCCCAAUUGCAUACCAAGACUCUGCUCGUUGACAAUAACGCGUCUUUCCAUCCUGACUCCCCUGCCGGGGGACACGAGCUCGCUUUCGCUGGCGGUCAAAAUGCAAAGCUCAAAGCGAACGCUGCGCAGCCACGAGAUACCCAUCAAUGGCAGCGCACUGACAUCCAUGGCAUCCAGCCGGGAGAGCUCCAUGCAGGGCAAUUCGCCGCUGGCCAAUGUGGUUGGGGGCUCGGGUCUGAUUGGCACGCCCGGGAAUGUCGGUAAUGCUGGCAUCGGCACCGGCUCCGGCUCCGGCACCGGCACCGGCGCUCUGCCACUGACAGAGACGGAACUAGACUUGCACUUUAGCUUGCAGUAUCCGCACUUUAUCAAGAGAGAUGGCAAUAGACUGGUCAUUUUGUUGCAGCGCCGCAAGAAAUACAAAUCGCGCACAAUUUUGGGCUACAAAACGCUGGCCGAGGGCAUAAUACGUAUGGAUGCAGUGCUGCAGAAAUCGAUGGACAUGAUCAUUGAGCUAACUGCAUCGGGCAAGAAUGGACGGCCCGGCACUGUGGUCGCAUGCCUGCGCGCCGAACGCGUCUCCUCCAUUCCAGUUGACCAUGACAAUAAGAACAACAACAGCGUACUGCUGGCAGAUCGCGUUGCAGAAUACUCAGACGAGGACGAGGAAGGCGAAUUCAGUUCAGGUGAAUUCAACGACGAGUCCAACGAGCUGGCCAUCACCGGCUACGACCAGAAGCGUGACUAUAAUCCGGCCAAGCAUGAUAUGCGCAAGUAUCGCAAUAAGCUGCAAAGAUCGGGCAUUGAGGAUAUCGCAAUAGUUGGCCAUCAUCCGCAUCAGCACCAUCCCGUGGACAGUGACAGCGAGUUCGAAAUGAAGGACAAGAGCUCAUCCCGUGCCAAGUUCAGUCGGACAAUUUCACUGCAGCAACGCAAUUUUAAACAGAAAAUUGUCGCACUGUUGAAGCGCUUCAAGGCCAGCGGGGAGCUGGAGGAUGAGGCACAUAGUGGCACUGCUGCAUUGCGUGGGGAGCGCGACUUGGACGCCCUCUUUCAGGAGCUGGAGUCGUUGUCCUGCUGCGAGGGCGAUGAUUCCGGGCCGGACAUGGACAGCAUAUCGAUUGGAUCUACGCCGAAGCCAUCGCUGCGUCCGUUCUUCACCAACUCGCGCAUCAUGCUGCACGACAGUCUCUCGGGCAAUGGCAGCGGCGCCCCAGGCAGCGGCGUUGGCGGUGUAAUGGGAAACUCUGAGCGCCGAUCAUCGGAUAAGAGCGACCAAUUGACCAAUUCAUCUUACAAUAUUGAAUAUAACAAAAACCAAAAAAGCAUUCAUUUAACAAACAAUAAUAAUUCGGCUACAACACCAGAUCGCGCUGGCAACGAUAGUUCCGGCAACGAGGGCAAUGCCGGCUACACCGAUGGCCAGAACUCUGAUCCCCAGAACAGUCCACCCAGGGACAAGGAUUACAUGCGCCAGCAACAGUAUCAGCAGCUGACACCAGUCAGCUCCGUCACGGGCAACAUGAACAGCAUCAGCCCGGCGCAGGCACAGACGGAGAAGCGUUCGCGGCUCUUUCGCACAUCAAGCAAUACGAUGGCUCUGGGUAGUGCCAGUAACGCGAGCAUUGGGAACAACAGCAAUGCGGUGGUCAAGCGGAAGCACACUCUCAGCCUGAGCGCCGAGCCGCGCUCCGCACUGGAGGCUUGCCUGUCGCCCACAAAUGUGGAGCCGCGCAAACUGUUGCUGGAUCAGCUGAGCCGCGUGUUUGCCGGCGAUGAUAAUGUCAUACCCGAGGUGGUGACCAUCAUUAGUCCGCCCGAGGCUCUGGGCGGCAGCACGCUGCUGGCUAAGCUCGUCACAUUGUUUGCCAAUUCCUUUAAGCCGGCAUUUGUGCCACAGAACACGGCCGAGGUCAAGGCUGUGCUCCAGGCGCUUAUGGCCAAGAUCCAAAAGUAUUGCAACUCGAACGCCAAGCCACCGCACACAGUAAAGGUGCUGCUGAUUGGCGGCGACUGGCUGCAGGGCGCGACACUGCGGCAUUACGUUGAACUGCUGGGCGUACGUCCACCCGACUGGCUGAAUCACUUACGGUUCUAUCUGGUGCCCAUUGGCGGCGGCAGCAGCAACGGCAGCGUGGCUCGUCAUCUGAGCCAAAUGGAUCAGGCUUACGCCGCGAUGUUCGGUUCCGAGAACUGGGCGCAGCUGUGCGAGCGUGCGGCAGCCACAGCGGCCGCAGUCAGUGCGGUGACCACAGUCAAUGCCACAGCGCUGACGGCCAAUCUGGCUGAUGCGGGCUCCGUGGCCAAGUCGGACAUAGCGGAGCUGGUGCAGCGUAUACAACGCUAUCUGCAUGCGGCGGGGCCGUGCACACAGAUUCCGAUUGCGGAGGCCAUGGUCAACUAUAAGGACGAGGACUCGUGUCAAAUCUUUGUGCCCUUUGUCAGCGACGUACGUAUUGGCUACCUGGAUACGCAGGCUUCGCUGGACUUGGAGGAGAACGUCACGUCCAAUAUGACUGGCAGCGGCGGUAGCGGCAACUCCACGAACGCUUCUAGCAACCCCAUACCCAUUGGUAAUCAGAGCAACACGAGUAUGCACGGCGGUAUAUCGGGCUCGCCGCCGCAGUCGCAGCAGCCACAGCAAGGGGGCCAGGGCAUGGGGCGCAUAUCACCACCGCUGCAGACGCCGCCAGCGUCGGGCAUGACGCAUCGCGAGCGAGGUGCCAAUGAGGCGCUGAUAACGCCCUCGCAAUCACAGACUUUGAGUGGAGCGCUGUCCGCACCGGAAGCCGUCGAGCUGCAAGUGGACUUUUGGCCGAUGGUGCGGCAUGGCGAGGUGCAUGCCAAGGAGUCAAAGAGCGGCAUGUCGCGCGGCAGUGAUGCGGGCGGCGGAAAGAGUAGCAUUAAAAGUACGUUUAGGAGUCUGCAGGUGUGGCGCCUGCCGCAGAAUGCACAGCAAAUGGGUGAUAUGUCCAAUGGACUGACUGUUAGUUUCGCCACCAAGGAGAAGAAGCAGAAGCAAAUUAUGCGAUUGGGCAAGAAAAAGGACAAGGAGCGUGAUCUCGAGAAGGAGCAGUGCGUCGAGGGUGUCGCACGUCUAAUAUGCUCACCGAAGCAGUCACAUCCCGUGCCGCUGCGUGUUUAUAUUGACGGCACCGAGUGGACUGGCGUCAAAUUCUUCCAGUUAUCGUCACAGUGGCAGACUCAUGUAAAGAACUUUCCCAUUGCCCUUAUCGGCUGUACGCCCAUGUCGUGUGCAGAAUAAACCUAGUCAAACAAAUACCCAAUGCCCAUUCUCAUGCAGACUCGCUCGAACGCGAACAGACACAUGCAAACAUACAGAGAGCAAGGGAGCCGUACGGAUGGACGGCAAUUAAUAUUAUUUACUAAGAAGAAUGAUAAUUUAUUUUAUAGUUAAUAUUUGUAAAUUUUUAGUUAAUAAACUACGUAUAGCUUCUAA